GCCUUGCUAACUGUUAGCUUUCUGUGAAACAGGUAGCAGGAACUUCGACGGUGAUUAAAGCUCGUUUUAUUCGCGAAAACAGCAUGGCCGUGUUUCAGAACUUGUCGGUUCUUCUGGAGCUGAAAUAUUUGAGCUUCAAGGAGAAGAAGAAGGUGAAAUCUGCAGUGAUGGAAAACGGAGGCAGCAUCUGCUUUGUGAUCAAUAAACAGUGCUCUCUGGUGGUGACCAGCGACGUGUCCAGUCUGAGCCCCAGCAGGCUGCGCAGCAUCCAGAAACACCAGACGCCCGUGGUCGGGGUGGAUUACGUCCACGGCUGCGUGGAGAGAGGAGCUCUGCUUCCUGUGGAUCAGUACAAGCUGGAUACUUCAUCUGCAGCAUCACCUCCUCUUUCUGCCCUCCCACCAGCUCCCCUCACACAGAAAGCUGAGCGGUCCAAAGGCCAGGCCGAACCCGGUGGUUGGAACCAGAGAGGAGACGCCACAGAGAGAGGAGGGAAUGUUCUGGAAAAGUUCAGAAUCUUCACGGAAACCGACUCGGAUCUUCCAGCGUAUCCUGAUAACUUCCAAGUGGCCAAAUAUGCCAUCUAUCAGAAGAUGAACAGCUGGUGUGUGUUGGAGCUGCAGAGUGUUGGGACGGAGCAGGGACGGCGCUAUCGUGUGGUCAGGUACAGGAAGGACGUUGCACCAGCAGAGGAGGCGGUGCUGAGGGAUCAGCUGGUGUUCCCGUCCUCAGAGGAAGCUCUGGACGUCUUCGAGGCCCUGGGAAACUCCCUGGAGGCUUCUGGCCUGAAGAAGAGGACCGACAUGCCGCAGCAGGUCCAGGACCUUGGGUCCUCCCCCCUCCAACAGCUGCUGCUGGAGGAGAAGCUGAACACAGGAAGUUUAUCACAGGAAGUGGGUUUGUUUGUGGAGCUUCUAUGGACUGAGGCUCUGGGUUGCCUCGGCAACGUGCUCAGAGUUUCCAUCGACAAGCUGAGCCUAAACGAUGUGAGCAGGGCAGAGGGCUUCUUGCUUCAGGCUCAGAAGGUGCUGAGGGCAGGGGAUCAGUCUGAGGUCUCCUCCCUCCUGGAGGAGGUGUACACACUGCUGCCUCACCAGGACCUCCAGCCCCCACCCCCCAGCACCAAGCUGCUCUCUCAGAAGCUGGACCUCUGUCAGUUGAUCCGAGAUGUUCUGAAUGUGAGUGAGAUGACUCUGAACAGCCAGGCCCCGUCCAGCGUGGGGAAGUACCGCGCUCUGAGGUGCAGCAUCGAGACGGUCCCCCCCGGCAGCUCUGAGUUCCAGAUGGUCACCCAUCUGCUGCACGACAGUGUGCAGAUCCAGCAGAUUGUGCGUGUCAGCAGGGGGUUGGAGCUUCAGACUUUCAGAAGUGAUCUUGGCAACAUUAAGCCCCUCCUCCAUUCCUCCAGUCCCAACAACUUCGUGGGAAUUCUGUCCCGGGGCCUGCUGCUUCCUCGUGUCGGCGUGGAGCAUCAUGGGGUUGAGAGAACAGACGUUGGGAAUCUGGGCAGUGGGAUCUACUUCAGCAACGCUGUCAGCACUACUCUCAAAUACUCCAAACCCAGCCUCACCGACGGCUCCCGGCUGCUGCUGGUAUGUGAUGUAGCGCUGGGACGCUGCAGGGACGUCCACAAGAGAGACCCCACGCUGACCCAGGCCCCCGAGGGCCACCACAGCGUGCACGGAGUCCGAGGCAGCCAGACCACUACUGAGUUUGAGGAUGACGAGUACGUGGUGUACUCACCUGAUCAGGUCCGGCUGAGGUACGUGGUUCGAUUCUGUGUGGACGGAGACCAGCUGAAGGAGUUCAGUCCCACCGUGGAUGUGUUGUCCGAGCCAUCCCCACCCUCCUCACACCAAGAGCUGAGGUCGGAGGAUGAGGAGGCUGAACACAUGAAGAAUCCUCUCCAGGAAGUGACGGCCGGCCUGUUGGACAGCUCAGGACAGCAACUCCCCUUGCAGGCCGUCCAUGUGAAGUGCAAACUGAUGGAUCUGCUGUCUCAGGUCAUCAUUUUCCAGAAAUACACCAAUCAGAGUUUUGCGCCCAUCGAGGCCAAGUACGUCUUCCCUCUGGAUGAUUCUGCAGCUGUGUGCGGGUUUGAGGCUUUCAUCAACGGCAAACAUGUAGUCGGUCAGGUAAAGGAGAAGGAAAAGGCUCGUAAGGAGUACAAGCAGGCCAUUGAACAGGGCCACGGAGCGUACCUGAUGGACCAGGAUGCUCCGGACGUGUUCACCAUCAGCGUAGGCAACCUGCCGCCCGGAGCCACCGUCCUCAUCAAGGUGACCUUCGUAUCCGAGCUGGUGGUGGAGGACGGCAGUAUUCUGUUCUCGCUGCCCGGGAGUGUGGCUCCAUGGCAACAGAGCGCCGCCCUCAACCAGACCACACAGGUUUCCAUGGAGAAGGUGUGUGUUACCGAUGCUACAGAAACAAGAGAGUUCACACUGGACGUCUCGGUGGAGAUGCCCCACGAGAUCCGCAGCCUCCUCUGCACCACUCACAAAGUCAGGAUGAAGAGGACGGACUGUAAGGCGGUGAUCAGCGUUCUGCCGGGUCAGGUGAUGGGUUCAGACGGGUUCCAGCUGUCAAUCACUCUGUCCGAGGUCCACCUGCCCAGGAUGUGGGUGGAAAAGCACCCCGACAAGGACAGCCAGGCCUGCAUGCUGGUCUUCUACCCAGACUUUCAGCUCAGCUCCUCCUCGGCUGCCGAUGAAGUCGUCCUGCUGUUGGACACGUCCGAGUCCAUGAGGGGGGAGGCGCUCCGCUCGGCCCAGAGAAUCGCUCUGCAGGUUCUCCGGAAGCUGGACCACAACUUGAGACUCAACAUCAUCCUCUUUGGAACAGAUCACACGGAAGCGUUCCUCACAGCACAGCCACUCACUCAGGUUCAUCAGGCAGCGGAGAGCUUCAUCAAGCGCUUCUCUCCAGUAGGGGGCAGCACCGAGCUGUGGCGGCCCUUGCGAUCGCUCAGCUUGCUGCCGCCGCCGUCUGGCGGUGUGAGGAACCUGCUUCUUCUGUCGGACGGCCACAUCCAGAACGCCGCCUUCACCCUGCAGCUGCUCAGAGACAACGCUCAGCAUAGCCGCCUCUUCACCUGCGGCCUCAGCCCAACAGCCAACCGCCACAUGCUGAGAGCCCUGGCACAGGCAGGGGGCGGAGCUUAUGAGUUUUUUGACAGUAAAGCCAAACACAGCUGGGCCGAGAAGGUGGCGUCUCAGGUGAAGCGCAUGCUGUCCCCCGGCUGCAGCUCCGUGUCGGUGAAGUGGCAGCAGUUUAAUCCUGCCGCUCCUCCUCCUCUUCAAGCCCCCAAACAGCUGCACGCUCUUUUCAGCGACUGCCACACUCUGGUUUAUGGAUUUGUCCCACACUGCACUCAGGCGACUCUUCUUGGAAACCUUUGCGGUGUGGAGCUGGAGACCAUGGUGUCGACCAGCGAGCUGCAGAAGACCAGAGGCACAUUUCUUCACAAGCUGGCAGCAAGAGCCCUGAUCAGAGACUACGAAGACGGAAGUCUGGAAACCUCUGAAGCUGAACACGAGGGUAAGAAAGCAGAGCUGAAGUCCUUCAUCAUUGAGCUGAGUAAAGAGUUCUCCAUCCUGUCUCAGUUCACGAGCUUCGUGGCCAUCGAGGAGAGGGAUUUGAACCAGGCAGAAGACGGAGUCACCAAUGUCUCAAAGCUGAUCGCAGAGGAGGACGUGGACUUCCUCCCCUAUGUCAGCUGGUCCUCUGAGAACUUAGACCAGCUAGAGAUGCUGAAUUUUGAGAGUGAAGAGUUCUACAUGGGUCACGUCUCUUACUUAAGGAGUCAGUCCGACGAUGUUGAGCAGGAGAAUGAUGAAUCAUCAUCUGAGAUCAGCGCGGAGGACAUGGACUUUGGACUUUCGCUGACCGAACGUCUGCGUAGGCACUAUCACUCACCUCCACCCCCCCUUCAUAAAACCAUGAAUUUAGAGUUCCGCUUGGGUCACAUCUCUCGCUGCAGGCGGGAGAAUGAUGAAUCAUCAUCUGAGACCGAACGUCUGCGUAGGCACUAUCACUCACCUCCACCCCCCCUUCAUAAAACCAUGAGUCCAUGUGAACUUGGAUCUGUUGAAAUGAUGAAUUUAACUGAAGAUGAACCUGGUCCUCAACCUGCUAAAGCCCACAUUUUUGAUAUUUUCGCUGAGUGUCACUCCUCUGUCGUCCAUCCUCCUCCUCCUGUGGUCCAUCCUCCUCCUGCAGUCCAUCCUCCUCCUCCUCUUCCUGCAGUCCAUGCUCCUCCUCCACCUCUCUGGGGGGAUCUACAUAUCCCUUAUGGAUCUACGAGUGUUUCCUUCUCCACACUACAAGGCCAUGGGCUAUCACCAGAGGUGCAGCAGGGUGUAAGAUCUCCAGUAAUAGUAUCUGGUCCUGGAUUCACUGGACAGCCUGGACCUGCAGUUAUCGGACAGCACAUAACUGAGGGUUUUGUUUUUGGACAGAGCGCUGCAGGUGUAAGUUUUGGACAGAGCGCUGCAGGUGUAGGUUUUGGACAGAGCGCUGCAGGUGUAGGUUUUGGACAGAGCCCUGCAGGUGUAAGUUUUGGACAGAGCGCUGCAGGUGUAGGUUUUGGACAGAGCCCUGCAGGUGUAAGUUUUGGACAGAGCGCUGCAGGUGUAGGUUUUGGACAGAGCCCUGCAGGUGUAAGUUUUGGACAGAGCGCUGCAGGUGUAGGUUUUGGACAGAGCCCUGCAGGUGUAAGUUUUGGACAGAGCGCUGCAAAAACACAGUCAACUGCUGACUCUUAUCAACCACGGAGGGGAACCACUGACCUAUCUAUUCCAGAAGCUCAAAUCCUGCAAAGUUUUGGAAAUCAGCAUCUGGGUUUUGGCAGUUUUGCUGAACCUCUCCACCGCUCUCAGCUUUCAACUCAGGGUCUGUCCUCCGCAUUUAUGUCCCCUUGGCUAGGGGACAGCAGUGUCGGUCCACCAGCAGCUGUUGGUGGUCUGCGCAAAGGCAAGUUACUGCCAAAAGCCAUGUCUUCUGCAGCCAGGAGGCUUUCCUCUUACCAAGCUGCAUAUGUUCAGGGUGAUGUGCUUCCUGAUCGGACUGUAGAACCACCUAAAGAUGUCACUGAAGCUUUAUCUAGAAAGCUUUCUUUCAGAACCAAGAACGGAUCCCUCGUGUCCAGCUCUGCUGCUCUGCCGAGACAACCUCAUUUUGUCCAGUGCUGUUUAAUGUCAGAGUCACUUUCCCUUCCGCCUCCAGCUGAGACCGUUACACAAGACCGUCCGCCAACACAUGACGCUCCACAUCAAGUUCUUCAUGAAAAGAUUUUAUCUCUACCUGCUGCAGAGCUUUCUAACGUCGAUAUGGUGCAUUCAUAUGCAUCAUUCAGCGUUGGAUUUCCUGCUCCUCCUGCAGCAACUCCUCCAUCAUCUGAGAGGAAGCUGACGGACGCAGAACUGAAGCUGAAAUGGACGAAGAUCUUCCAGCUGCAGCACUUGGACGGUUUCUGGGAUCUGACCACGGAACUGGGAGACUUGAUAAACCUGAACGUGGACGUCUUCACCAACAUCUUCCUGAAGAGCAAAGGCAUCAGUUCUCUAGGUGUGAAGGCCCACGCAGACAUCCUUAGGAUGGUGGCGACUCUCCUGGUCCUGCAGCUGCUGAGGAUGGAGAAGGUGGAGGAAGGAAAACUGCUGCGCAGCCUGUUUCGCCUGGAGGAGACUUCACCCCCCAGGACUGGGCAUCUACAGCUGGUGAAGAAGGCAGUGGACUGGGUGUGCUUGGCCGACCGGCAGUAUCCAUGCGUCUGCAGCCGGCUGGAGUUUGGCCUGAACUGGGAGUCCUCCACCCGCCAGCUGCUGGGCUUCGAAGACCUGCCUCCAUUCUCCCCCCUCAGAGGUCUGGAGCUGCAGAGGCCCACCCCACCGCUGACGGUCCACUGAGCAGGUGGACACUGAUGAGGAGACAUGAUGAGAAAACAUACCUGUCAGAAGGGAUGACGUCAGCUUUUGUCUUCAUCUGUUUCUGGGUUCAUUUAACAAAUCUGACGAGAGAAAUAUUUUCAGUCUGGGCGGGGUUUGUCUUCAUGUGUUUGGUGGAUUUUCUGUCUUUGGGCUGAUUUUUUUAUUUUUUACGUGAACCUCUGACUUAAUGAUCUACAAAGACAGCAGAAAAUAUGAGUGUUUUCUUUCAGAUGUACAUGAACAAUUAGCAACAGCUAAACAGCUGCUAGCAUAAAAUGUUUGUAUUCAUGCUUUUUUGUUUUACUAAUAUGUGGUUAACUGAACAAAUUUAAUAACUUCU